GCCACCCAUACUCUACAGCCUCUCGACGUGGUGUUGUACGGGCCGCUGUCGGCGGCGUACUCUAAAGAGCUAUCAGAGUUCAUACGCCGCAGCCAAGCAUUGCUCCAAAUGCAGAAAAGUGAUUUCCUCCGCCUAUUUUGGGUGGCGUAUACAUCUACCUUCACUAACAAUAAUAUUUUGAGCAGUUUUGCAGCCACCGGGCUCCAUCCCCGCAAUCCCGAAGUCGUACUCAAACGGUUCAAAACCACCACAUCACAACGAGAUAACAACUUGAAAAGUAGAGAGGUGGGAGAUGGAGAUAGC